CGCUGCCUGCUAGUAACCAAACCCACCGCCAACUCUUCCCCAGCCUGCCUUGUGCUUGUAUCAACACCCAAAUACGAACUCGGGUACAUUGCCAGCCUAGUCUCUCUUGCGACCGCCAGCCAAAGCCAGCCUCCCCCGUCUCACACCCCAAACAGCGGGUGCCAACGCCGCAAUCCACUCUCGCGCACGAUAACGCACACGGCCGCCCUCUACCAACAUGGCUGGCUCCAGAAAUUAUGACUUUCUUAUCAAACUCCUCCUCAUAGGCGACUCGGGCGUAGGCAAGUCGUGCUGUCUGCUGCGCUUCAGCGAAGACUCGUUCACUCCCUCGUUCAUCACCACCAUCGGCAUCGACUUCAAGAUCCGCACGAUUGAGCUCGACGGCAAGCGCGUAAAGCUGCAGAUAUGGGAUACGGCAGGUCAAGAGCGCUUCCGGACCAUUACCACGGCCUACUACAGGGGUGCCAUGGGCAUUCUGUUAGUCUACGACGUUACCGACGAGAGGAGCUUCACCAACAUUCGCACAUGGUUCGCCAACGUUGAGCAACACGCCACCGAGGGUGUCAACAAGAUCCUCAUUGGUAACAAGUGCGAUUGGGAAGAGAAGCGCGCUGUCUCGACAGAACAAGGCCAGGCUCUCGCUGACGAGCUCGGAAUCCCCUUCCUCGAGGUCUCUGCAAAGAGCAACAUCAACGUUGACAAGGCCUUUUACAGCUUGGCCGGCGAUAUCAAGAAGCGGUUGAUCGAUACUGCAAGGACAGACCAGAGCGCUACGCCAAAGGUGGACGUCAGCGGGCAGGACGGUGGCAAUGCAGGCAUGGGUGGCAAGUGCUGUUAAAGAGGGACGUGGAAGAGAGGCCAUGCAUGUAUCUGCGAGUUUGAAUUGAAGAGAUAGUUUUGGAGGAGCAGGGGAGGAUCAAUGCGAUGUUGAAGACGCGGGGGGGGUAAGAAGCGGUGGCUAGCUAUGCAGACGGCUGGCACGUUAGCGCUUGUACUGAGGCUACGAAAGACGACUGCAGAAAGUUUGCAUGAUGAUAUAUGGCACCACCAUGGUAGGCAACUCGCUUGAGCGACUCUUUUGGGUAUCAUCACUUUCCUUACCACUUCUUUGUUCUGGCGUUUUGAGAGAAUGGGAGUAACCUACCUUUUACAUUACGUAUUGUAAUGCCAAUCUUGUAAAUGCACAUUUAUUUCCAU